AUUAUUGUUUUUAAGGUCAAGGACACGUAAUUUGUAAGAAAUGACGACUGCUUGUAAGGCAUUUAUUCGUCGUCUAACUGUUAAGCAAUUUACAUGCUUCAUGUUUUGUCUAAUAUGCAUCUAUUAUCUAAUUUAUCAUGUGGUUUCUAGACAUUCUAUGCCUUCAUUAGACACAUUAGAAGAAAAUGACGGAAGAAAUGAGCGAAAUUCAGUUCUGGGCAAAAGUUGCGAGAUAGUUGAUGGAAAAUGUCUUCCAUAUGAAGUAAAUGGUUUGAAACUUCCUAAAAGAUUAUUUGCCUUCCGUUCAAAAUUCUAUUUAAACGGUCGACCAUUUUUAAUAUUAAGUGGAGCAUUUCAUUAUUUCCGUACGUUACCUGAACAGUGGGGCGAUAGAAUUCUUAAAAUGCAAGCAGCAGGACUAAAUACAGUGGAAACUUAUGUUCCUUGGAACCUUCACGAGCCAUAUGAUGGAAUGAUUCAUUUUGGCGGACGCUGGAACCUGGUUGAUUUUAUCAAAAUGGUUCAUAAAUUAAAGAUGAAAAUGAUAAUCAGGCCUGGUCCUUAUAUUUGUUCUGAGUGGGAAUUCGGUGGCUUACCAUCUUGGCUAUUACGUCAGAGUACAAUAAAACUUCGAAGUCAUAAUAAGGAGUUUUUAUCAAAAGUGACGCGUUAUUUUUCUCGUUUACUCCCUUUAUUAGCUCAAUAUCAAUAUUCUACUGGCAAUGGGCCUAUAAUAGCUUUUCAAUUGGAAAAUGAAUACGGCGCUUAUGUUGGAGGUAUUAAACCAAGUGAAAAAACUUCAUAUUUGCUCUUCCUGAAAUCUUUGUUUAAAACUUAUGGAAUAAAUGAGUUAAUUUUUACGUCCGACUCCUCAGGAGAUAUUGGUAAGAGCAGACUUCCCGGAACUCUAAUGACCAUAAAUUUUCAGACACAAGCGACAAAACAUUUAAAUGAGUUAAAAACGUUACAACCCGAUCGUCCUCUAUUUGUUGCUGAAUGGUGGACAGGGUGGUUUGAUCAUUGGUUCGAAAAACAUCACAUUAUCAAUUUGGAGUCAUUUGAACAUGAAUUGCUCUCUAUUAUUGCUAAUAAUGCAUCUAUUAAUUUCUACAUGAUGGUAGGAGGUACCAACUUUGGGUUUUGGAAUGGUGCAAACAAUCAUUCAAUUGAGAGUGGCUAUCAACCAACUAUAACCAGCUACGAUUACGAUGCUCCAAUAACUGAAGAUGGAAGACUUAGUAAUAAAUUUUUUAUUAUCAGGCGUAUUCUUGAAAAGCUCUCUCAAACACCACUGCCAGAACCCCCAUCAAAGUCUCAUGUAAUUAAACCUAGGUCGUAUGACUUAACACCUUUCUUGAGCCUAUCAAAACUUGUAAAAGUUAUUGGACAACUUGCUAAUUAUCAGACCAAGUCGAAUUACAUGUUAAAUAUGGAAAGUCUCGAUGUACAUUCCCAAUCUGGACAAUCUUUCGGAUUUCUCCAUCUUCAAAGCCAUUGUCCGAAGUCAACCAAACAAUUGCUUUUGAAAGGAGUUGUUCGUGAUAGAAUGUACAUUUAUGUUGAUAGAAAGCUAAAAAAGAUUUUAACUCAUCGUGAGGAGCCUACUAAUAUCAUAGAAUUGAGUGGUGCUAAUGAACAAUGUAAAAUAGAACUGCUGUUGGAAAAUAUGGGAAGGGUUAACUAUGGAAACGUUCUGAACAUUCAACACAAAGGUUUUCUUGAAGGGGAGAUCUUUGCUGAUGGAGUUAAGAUAAAGAAAUGGUUGCAUACUGUUAUCGAUUUUAGUGAAGAAAUCAUCGAAAAAAUAGCGAAUGAAGAGAGUUAUGUAGAUCAUAGCCUUCCCAAUUUGUAUAAAACGGAAUUUAAUUUGGAUGAUAAGAUAGGAGAUACUUUUAUCGAUACAUCUGACUUUGGUAAAGGCAUCAUUUUGGUUAAUGACUUUUUACUUGGAAAAUAUUGGAACGCAGGACCUCAGAGAACUCUCUACCUACCCGCUCCAUUAUUACGUAAUGGAAAAAAUACAGUUGUUGUUUUUGAGUUAGAAAAAAAUAUCACAAAAUUGAAAUUUUCCAAUAAACCUAUGUUGGGAAAGGUUACUUUACGAGCUUGA